ACUCAGAAAGAGAAGUUGAACGUGUGCCCGUUUUUGGUAAGAGCGUACACACUGCCUCGCUGUCUACCAUGUGAUGAUCCUCUCUCUCUCUCUCUCUCUCUCUCUCUCUCUCUCCACACAUACCCACAAAUACCAACCCCCAACUGGCAUCAUGUUUCAUUAAUUCACAGAGAGAGAGAGAGGGAGAGUAAAAUUAGGGGUGCGAAAAUGAGGACAAAUUUGGCCUAGAACUUGAGUCUCAUUCCCACCCUCACCACACCAUACUAUACCACAUCACUUCACUCUCCCCCUAUACCUAUAUCCAUCCAUACAUACUUGUUCACUUGCUCAACCCAACCUGCAGCCUCAAACAAACAAUAUAGCCCAGAUAUGAAUGAUUCACAAUGCAGCAGUGGCUGUGAAUCUGGCUGGACUCUCUACUUGGAGCACUCUCUCCUUUCUCCGUAUCCUAAUUCCAAUCACCACUUUCUUCACGAUGGUGAUGCCGAUGCUGAUGCAAGAGCUGUUUACAGUAACAAUAAUAAAGAGGAAGAGGGUGUUGAAGAGGAGGACUUGUCAAUGGUGUCUGAUGCCUCUUCUGGCCCUCCUAUCUUUCAAGAAGAUGAAUAUUUUCGCAAUGCAGAUACAGGGUUCUUACGCCGUCCACCUGUUUGUGCCGCAUUCCCAAAGAGCAGUGGCAAGAAGAACAAGAAAAGCGUCAGAGGAAGUGGCUCUGUAAAGGUUCAAGAAAAUGCUCCCUCUUGCCUUGACGACACUGCUAGCUCUCCAAUCUUCGACUUCUCCCAGAGUAAUUUCACGCUUACCAACAACCAAGCUUCCAUGGAGGGUGUCUUGGGCUUUUCACAAGUCUGCUCCGGAACUCAUUUUGAGGGGAGAUCUACAUUCCAUGAGCCUUUUGGUUUCUUCCAGACUUCUCCCUCUGGAAACCACCUGCAGCAAAACCAGUGGUAUGGAGGAAAGAUGGGGAUGUGAUGAGUUGAUUUCCAGCAGUGCUGCCGCUGCUGAUGCAGCCUGCUUUUAUGCUGUAUAAGUUGCUUAGAAGAAAAAAAGAAAAAAGAUAAAAGAGGUGGUGGCGGCAGCAGGAUUGUCAAAACAAAAGGAAUUGGCCCUCAGAAAGGGAUCUUGUUCAUCUCCCCUUUCUUUCAUUUUCUUUUCUUUUCUUUUUUUCCUAUCAAAAUGCAGUGGGAAACAACCUGAGAGGAAAAGUUGGGAAAUAAAUUUCCUGUUUCUUGGAAUUUAACUUUCUUGUCAAUGUAAAGUGGUACAGAUGA